GGAUGACAAGUCAUUUUCUAGCCAUUAAUCUAUAAGUACAGUAGAGAUAUGCAAUUCAUGUAUGCUUCUGAAAUCAUGAACUCAUAUAGCUAUCAUCUUAUGGAUUCCAUAGCUUUACAAAAGCUUCUCAUCAUUUUUCUUUUUAGCUUCUUAUUUUUCCCUUCUUUUAUUCUUUCACAUGAUCAGAAACAGAAAAUAAUAAAGCUUUACCUUCCACCCUCUGUAGCUGGCCCUGAGGCAACUGCUUUUGAUCGUGCCGGUUUUGGCCCAUACACUGGCGUCGCCGAUGGUAGAGUCUUCAAAUACGUCAAUCCAACUGAUGGGUAUGUUGAAUUUGCCACCACUUCUUCCACCAGACCCAAGCAGCUUUGUGAUGGGAAUUCUAACCGUGCAAUUGAACCAAAAUGUGGACGACCACUAGGCUUGGCAUUUUAUCAUACAACUGGACAUCUCUAUAUUGCUGAUGCUUAUUUUGGACUUGUAGAAGUUGGUCCCCGAGGUGGGAUUGCUGCUUCGAUUUCCAAAUCUGCAGGUGGAGUUCCUUACCGAAACCUUAAUGCCUUAGACGUUGAUCAGAAAAAUGGAGUAGUUUACUUCACCGACCUUAGCACCAAAUUUCAGCUAAGGCAAUUCAAUGAUGCAUUACUCAGUGGAGACCAAACAGGAAGGCUACUGAAAUAUGACAUCAGAAAGAAACAAGCAACAGUAUUAGCCCACAACCUUGGGCUGCCAGUGGGAGUAGCAGUAAGCAAACAUGGAGACUUUGUGAUUGUUUCAGAGUACGUUCACAACAGAACCCUGAGAUUUUGGCUUACAGGACAUAAAGCUAAAACAACAGAAAUUUUCACCAAGUUCCCUGGAAGACCAGACAAUAUAAAGAGGAAUGCAAAAGGGGAAUUCUGGAUUCCUGUCACAAGUGUAAAUGGGAAUCCAAACAGAACAGUUGCUUGGAAGCUUGAUGAAGAUGGCAAGUUGAAGAAGUCUUUUGAUUUGAGAAUGGUGGGAAAUCCACUUCCAAUGUAUAGUGAAGUUCAAGAAAUUCAUCCUAGGGUUUUUUCACUUGGAAUUCUAAAUUUGAACUACUCUGGAAUUAUGUAUUGAUUGCAUGUAUUUGCCACUGUUAGAACCCUCAUAUUUUGAUGAUGUUCAUAGUUUAAAGGAAAUUCCAUGUGAAAACAGGAAAUGAAAUUCAGAAAAAAACAAAAGAAUGCAUAUUUGAAUUUCUCUAAAUUAUUUUCUUGAGGUGAUGUUUCAAGAUUGAAUAUUCAUGGGAGAUGUACAAGUUGGGAUAUAGCACUUUGUUGAAUUCCACU